AUACCUGUUCACUCAACAAAGUUGGGCCGUGUCGUCUUUUAUACUAGAUCAUAUUUUUUCUCUUGUGUACGUACGAGCCCAACUUUGCACAGGCCGGCGAACCCAGGAAGAAGGGACGGUGCACACAAGAAAUAACUGAAGGUGGCUCUUAGUAUCUGUCACAACAUGCUGUCCAAUGCACAGAACCAGCCACUGUUCCCCAACCCACAGGGCCAACCAAACCCCGCGGGUCAGCUCUUACAGUUCCACGUGAAACCCAGUUUACAGAUUAAGAAGAACGCCAUUACAGACGACUACAAGGUGACCAGCCAGGUGCUUGGCUUGGGAAUCAAUGGCAAGGUGUUGGAGAUAUUUCAGAAGAAGAGUGGGGACAAGUAUGCGCUCAAGAUGCUACAAGAUUGUGCCAAAGCCCGCAGGGAGGUGGAGCUUCACUGGAGGGCAUCCCCUUGUUCCAACAUUGUACGCAUCAUUGAUGUCUACGAGAACCUCUACCAGGGCAGAAAGUGUCUGCUCAUUGUCAUGGAGUGCAUGGAUGGAGGAGAGUUAUUCAGCAGAAUUCAAGACCGGGGGGACCAGGCUUUCACAGAAAGAGAGGCAUCUGAUAUAAUGAAGAGCAUUGGCGAGGCCAUUCAGUUCCUCCAUGCAAUCAAUAUUGCACACCGAGACGUUAAGCCUGAAAACCUACUUUAUACGUCCAAGAAGCCCAACGCACUGUUAAAGCUCACAGACUUUGGCUUUGCCAAGGAGACCACCACACACAACUCCCUGGCCACGCCCUGCUACACGCCCUACUACGUGGCUCCUGAGGUGCUGGGCCCUGAGAAGUACGAUAAGUCCUGCGACAUGUGGUCAUUGGGGGUCAUCAUGUACAUCCUGCUGUGCGGGUACCCUCCGUUCUACUCCAACCACGGCCUGGCCAUCUCCCCCGGGAUGAAGAAGAGGAUCAGGAUGGGCCAGUACGAGUUCCCCAACCCAGAGUGGUCUGACGUGUCGGAGGAUGCCAAGCAGCUCAUCAGGACCCUGCUGAAGACCGAGCCCACACAGAGAAUGACUAUUACCGAGUUUAUGAACCACCCAUGGAUAAAUCAGUCCAUAGAGGUCCCCCAGACCCCGCUGCACACCAGCCGCGUGCUGAAGGAGGAGAAGGACGCCUGGGAGGACGUCAAGGAGGAAAUGACCAGUGCCUUGGCGACCAUGAGGGUCGACUACGAGCAGAUCAAGAUCAAGACCAUCGAGGACGCCAGCAACCCGCUGCUGAAGAAGAGGAGGAUGAAGGCCAACAACGCCAUGGCGGACACACAGACACCGGCCCACUGAACCACGGCCUGCAUGCACGUGCGCACACAUGCACGUGCGCACACAUGCACGCAGGGGCGAACUCACACUCGUGCAAAGAAAGGAAGCAAUAAUUAAUCCCACCAGAGGACGCGAGUUGCGAUGCAUGGAUUUUAAGUGUUUUUUUUAAUUCGUAUUCAUUUGAUUCUGUUUUUUUUUUCCCUCCACGAGUUUAAAAGUUCUACUGUUUUGUAGGAAUGUUUUUGUUCUUAUUACACAAGCAUUUUAACCAAGCAACCACUCUGCCUUCACACAGAGGUUAUGUUGAUUAAAGGUUUUUACAGCAGUACAGAGAUUAUGAAUCCUAGCAAUGGAGACGGGGGGGACAGUGUCGCCGUCUUCUCUCCUGCCUUCUGUUUCAGGUUUUACUGAGAGAGGCUUGAACCAUAGAAUAGAGACGCAAAGCCUUAGAAAUAGAAGUUAGUUAAACCCCCCUUCCCCACCCGUCAAAAAAUUCAAAAAAAUGUACCUGUGAAUGUGUUAUAAAAUGGCUAUAUCCCAAAAAGUAAAGCAAGGGAAAGAUGUUUCUGAUGCAAACGUCUGCGAUGAUGGCAGACUUUAUUUUUUAAAUGACUAGAGGAAUGUAAAGCACUCUGUCCCUAAAACCUUCACUUGAAUGGAAUCUUUAUCGUUCUUCACCAGGGAAGUGUACGUCAAAUGGAUAGAUAUAUAUAUAUUUUUUUUUCUUCUUUUCCUCUUGUGAAUGUAGACCAGAGGCCUAUACAGACAAAGCGAACAUAUCCCAUAACGAUUUUUCCGGGCCACGCCGUACUCCUGACUAUGACUAAAACUCAAUGACAGCAUCCCGGGGAAUAUACUGGGGUCUUAGUUGAGACAGCGAGCCCCUUUUCCCCUCUGCCCCGCUCUGCUGCGGCCUGUAGUCAUCCGCCUCACGGGUGAGUCAGUCGGAGGGCCGUGAUCCACAUGCCGUACGCGUGGGAGGAAGUUCCUACUGCGGCUUAUAGAGAAGUCGGAGGCAGGCCAAUACUGUACUUUUUGCGGGGGCUUUCUCUAAGGAGCUCCACACGCACUGUAGCAUGGACCUUAUUCAUUGUGGAUGUAAUUUAGCAACAAUGGACUUGAGACCUGUGCUCCUUUUUCUCAAUGGUGGGCCACAAGACAUUGACACAUGAUGAAACACUUCAGGUUGAUGCUACGCAGGUGUCGUAAACUCAGUUCACCUCUAGAACCCUCUAUACUUUACUUUUUAUUUUUUUGCUAAUAUUUUGAAGCACCAAUAGGGCGUUGAUGUGGGUUUGUAAGAGGCAGCAUCCAAAUAGGGAUUAGGGUACCACUUGACGUCCAUUUAGGGAUUAGGGUGCUACCUGACGUCCACUGGGGGAUUAGGGUGCUACCUGACGUCCACUGGGGGAUUAAGGUGCUACCUGACGUCCACUGGGGGAUUAGGGUGCUACCUGACGUCCACUGGGGGAUUAGGGUGCUACCUGAUGCCCACUGGGGGAUUAGGGUGCCACCUGAUGUCCACUGGGGGAUUAGGGUGCCACCUGAUGUCCACUGGGGGAUUAGAGUGCCACCUGAUGUCCACUGGGGGAUUAGGGUGCCACCUGAUGUCCACUGGGGGAUUAGGGUGCCACCUGAUGUCCACUGGGGGAGUAGGGUCUCGACCUGUCGUCCUUUCAAUCUCCUUUAAUCUAACUGAGUCGUUGACCCUGGUUGAAGUGUUUGUUGCGUUUCAGUCUGUGCUCAGUAAGACUGCAAACUAACAGGAUUCUGUAUGUGUGUCCUUCUAAAGAUCAGUACCUUUUCAAUUGGACUGUGCCAGGCCUGAAGUAAAGUUUGCCCCUCUGGGCAGAAUUUUUUUUGACAUACCACCAGCAGUCUAUCGUUCAGACGUUGUGAACUCUCUGAAAUGUUCAGUUGACUUCCAUUUGUACAAUGGGUCUCUUACCACAGCUCACCACCAGGGAUAUUGGGAAAAUGAGUUGCAAUGUUGUCUUUGAUUUUAUUUUUUUCUUAUUUUCAACACACAAAAAAUCACGUCCAUGUUUACUUUUUUGUUGUCACGUCUCACAAAUCUCACAGUAAAGAGAAUGUUCAUGGACUGUU